AUGGCCAAUUCCCUGAACGGCCGGAACCCGCGCAAGGGACGGAUCCUGGGCUUCAUUGAUGCCAUUCAGGAUGCUGUGGGCCCCCCCAAGCAGGCAGCUGCCGACCGGAGGACUGUGGAGAAGACCUGGAAGCUUAUGGACAAAGUGGUAAGAUUGUGUCAAAACCCAAAGCUUCAACUCAAAAACAGCCCACCUUACAUACUUGACAUUUUACCUGAUACUUACCAACAUUUGCGACUUAUACUGAGCAAAUAUGAUGACAACCAGAAACUUGCACAACUCAGUGAGAAUGAAUAUUUUAAAAUCUACAUUGACAGUCUCAUGAAAAAAUCAAAACGGGCUAUAAGACUCUUCAAAGAAGGAAAGGAAAGAAUGUAUGAGGAGCAGUCACAGGACAGGAGAAACCUAACAAAGCUGUCCCUCAUCUUCAGCCACAUGCUAGCAGAAAUAAAGGCUAUUUUUCCAAAUGGCCAAUUCCAGGGUGAUAACUUUCGUAUCACCAAAGCCGAUGCUGCAGAUUUCUGGAGAAAAUUCUUUGGAGAUAAAACUAUAGUGCCAUGGAAAUUGUUCAGGCAGUGCCUUCAUGAAGUUCAUCAGAUAAGCUCUGGUUUGGAAGCAAUGGCUCUUAAAUCUACUAUUGACUUGACCUGCAAUGACUACAUUUCAAUUUUUGAAUUUGAUAUCUUCACUAGAUUAUUUCAGCCGUGGGGUUCAAUCUUAAGGAAUUGGAACUUCUUAGCUGUGACACAUCCUGGGGCAUUCCUGACAUAUGAUGAAGUGAAAGCGAGGUUGCAGAAAUACAGCACUAAACCUGGGAGCUACAUUUUCAGACUGAGUUGCACUCGCUUGGGACAAUGGGCCAUUGGAUAUGUGACUGGCGAUGGGAACAUAUUGCAGACCAUACCUCACAAUAAGCCUCUGUUUCAAGCUUUGAUUGAUGGCAGCCGGGAAGGAUUCUAUCUGUUCCCAGAUGGACGAAGUUAUAAUCCUGAUUUGACAGGAUUGUGUGAACCCACACCACAUGAUCACAUAAAAGUCACGCAGGAGCAGUAUGAAUUGUAUUGUGAAAUGGGUUCCACUUUUCAGCUGUGUAAAAUCUGUGCAGAAAAUGACAAGGAUGUGAAGAUAGAGCCUUGUGGACACCUUAUGUGCACUUCUUGUCUUACAGCGUGGCAGGAAUCUGAUGGCCAAGGCUGCCCUUUCUGCCGCUGUGAAAUCAAAGGAACUGAACCAAUCAUUGUGGAUCCCUUUGAUCCAAGGGAUGAAAACUCCAGGUGCUGCAGUAUUAUUGAUAGCUUUAGUAUGCCCAUGCUGGACUUGGAUGACGAUGAUGAUAGAGAAGAGUCUUUAAUGAUGAAUCGUUUGGCUUCAGUCCGAAAG